AUGGUCAGCGCCAGCAUGCUGCUGCUCAGCGCCUCCUGCUGGCUGCUGGUGGCGCUGGGCUCCUGCGACGAGCGGCUAGAGGAGCGAUCGCCCGAGUAUGACAUCAUCAAGACCGAAGAGGAGAAGGAGCUGAUCGAAGCUUUGCAGGAAGUCCUGGAGAAGCUGAAGAACAAACAGCUGCCAUCGUCGGAGAAGAAGCUCGGCUGGCUUCCACCUUGCGACGCCGGUGAGCAGUGUGCGGUGCGCAAGGGAGCGAGGAUCGGGAAGCUCUGCGGAUGUCCCAGAGGGACGCUGUGUGACUUCAGUGUCCUGCAGUGUGCAUAG